GCGCGUCCCGUGUAAUAGCAACCGCAUCACACACUUCCUCCGCACUUGCUCUAUCAGAAGAAAGCUUUGACAAGGUCUCGGCCAUGGCGAAGGCGGCGGCGAUGUUGGUCCUGGUGGUGCUUGUGGUGACAGCGGGCGGCGCCUCGGCGGCUCAGUGCGACGCGAGUAAUCUGGCGGUGUGCGCCGGCCCGAUCCUCACCGGGUCCACCCCGUCGGCGUCGUGCUGCUCCAGCCUGCGCGCGCAGCGGGGAUGCUUCUGCCAGUACGCGCGCAACCCGGCGUACGCCGUCUACAUUAAAAGCGCCAACGCCCGCAAGACCCUCAAGACCUGCGGCGUUGCCAUCCCGCGCUGCUAGGCGCCGCGCCGCCGCCCUCCGGCCUGUCGCCGCCGCUUGCUCUGUCGCACAGCUCUGUACGUGCGAAUCGUGUAUGGUCUAUGUCUAUGGUGUGGGUUGUGUACGUACGAAAUAAACUGUGUGCUUGGAUGGGUAAUUUGGGUCGACGGAUGAAGAUGGGUAUCGUGUAAUCUAUCUGUACCUUCAACACAUAUAUAUAUCCUCACUAAAUAUUGCUAUA